AUGCUUUCCAAAUAUACAGAAAUGGAGGGCGGCCUCCUCCCUCCCCCCUACAGCUUCCUGGAUGACUAUAGCGAAGGAGCUCACCCACAACUCCUCGAGGCCCUCCUGCGCACCAACGCCACCCAACAGAUCUCCUAUGGAAACGAUACGUAUAGCGCCGAAGCGCGCCAAUUAAUCCGCCAACAUCUCCAGGCAACAGAGGAUGAGGUCGCCAUUCACUUCAUCCCCAGUGGCACGGCCGCCAACCUCAUCGGCAUCGCCAGCUGUCUACGACCCUACGAGGCCGUCUUAACCGUGGAGACCGGACAUAUCGUCAGCAAAGAAGCGGGUGCUAUCGAAGCUACCGGACACAAGACGAUCCUGGUACCGGGAGUGAGGGGGAAAAUGACGCCUAAGAACCUGGAGCGCGUGGUGGCUCAGAAUCAAUUCUUCCCGCACUCGGCCAAGCCGCGGCUCGUGUAUAUCUCCAACGCGACAGAGCUGGGCACUCUCUACACAAAGAGCGAGUUGACAGCUCUUUCAGCGACGUGCCGGCGGCUGGACCUACUGUUGUUCAUGGACGGCGCGAGGAUUGGGGUGGCUUUGAGCGCCCCCGCGAACGACCUGACGCUGCGCGAUUUGGUCGACAUGACGGACAUAUUUUGGAUCGGGGGCACCAAGAUGGGCGCUUUGCUGGGCGAGGCGAUGGUGGUGCGCAGCCACUUGGCCGACGGUUUCGCUUUCCAUUUGAAACAACAUGGGGCGCUCCUGGCCAAGUCCCGCAUUAUGGGGGCGCAGUUUGCGGAACUUUUCCGAGACGAUCUCUUCUUCCAGAUGGCGAGGCAUGCAACGGAGAUGGCGCACUUGAUUUCGGCGAACUUCGAGGCCCUUGGAUAUGAAUUAGCGGCACCAACGGAAACGAAUCAGGUGUUCGCCAUCUUGCCGGAUCAACUGGUGACGCGACUGGAAGAGAGAUUUCGGUUUUAUGUCUGGGAUCAGACGGCGGAUGACAGGACCGUCGUGCGAAUCGUCACGUCGUGGGCAACGGACAAGUUGCAGGUGGACAAGUUCAACGCGUGGGUGAGAUCAGAGACGGCAUAA